AUGAUGAUAUUCCUACAAUUAACAUGUCUUCUAAUAAUAGCUUCAUCGUCAUCAGCGCUACAGUUUCCACCGAAUCCGACGUCAGAUAUGUCUGCAGAUGAAAAACUGCAGAAGGCAAAUAAAACGCUAGAUCAAUCGGAUGAAAGCGGACAUGAGGUAGAAACAGAUGUUGAUGAAGUUAAGGAAAAGAAAUUUCUAGAUGAUGCUAUGAGAACAGUACUAGAUCCUAAUACAUUAAUUGUUAAGACAAAUGAUAUAGUAGAAACGUUUAAAUAUCAAUUAGAUGAGUUAGAUAAAGUUAACGCAAGUCUCGACGUGUUUAUGGAAGAGAUGGAUAAACUAAGUUUGGAUGUUUGCAAAACAUCACAGGAGGCUCUUUGGUCUUAUGUUACUGAUAUAAACAACGAAACAAAGAAAAAUAAAAUGGUUAGAAUUGCUGCCGAAGAAGACGAAAUAAAGAAGCAGUAUUGGAAUAUACUCAAAAAGAAAUAUUUGAACGAUGAACAAGUAAUGAAUGAUCCAAAGAUGAAACGGAAAAUCAGGAUUAUCAAGGAACGAGGAACGAAUGUGCAGAUGCCGCAGAGUAAACAAAGAGAAGAAAUAGACACGAUGCAGAGAAUUUGGAGUCGCGUCACAGUGUGCGCCUACAAUAUAAGUUGCGGCUCGGAAGACUCGGUACGAACGAUGAGUGACGUAAUAUCGAUCUUUAAAACAAGCAACGAUACAAAAGAAUUGUCUUAUUAUUGGAAGAUUUAUCGCGAUACAACUGGAAAGAAAAUACGUCCAAUAUUCAAAGACUAUGUUGUAAGAAUGAAUAGAGUUGCAGAAUCAGAAAAUUUUACUGAUGCUGGAGAUAUGUGGAGAUACGCAUUUGAAGACGAUAACUUUGUUAAUACUGUUAAUAGAAUCUGGCAAGAGAUUAAGCCCUUUUAUGACUUACUACACAAUUAUGUCAGAGGCAAACUGAAGUUUAUAUAUAAAGAAGUUUUGAGGAGUAACGACAAAUUGAUUCCAGCUCAUAUUUUGGGUAACUUAUGGGCUCAAGAGUGGCAGGCAAUAUAUCCAAAGGUAGCAGCAUACACUGAUUUCAUAAGGCCUAAGCUUCCCCCAAACGAGACGAUACACUCCAAAGACCUGUUCGAUGCAGUGGACGAGUUCCAUCAAUCUCUUGGAUUUGAAAGUGCUAAAGAUUCCUACCAGGAUAUCAAAGAGACAAUGACUACUGCCAAUUGCUUGCCAUCCAGUCAUGAUAUGUGUGAUGGUGUGAAUUACAAAAUCAAAUGGUGCGGUGAAAAGGUGACAGAUGUAGUGGUGGGUCUGUCACGAGCUGCAAGACUACUCGGACAUGUGCAAUACUUCAAGCAUUAUAGAAACCUGCCUCCUUUGUAUAGGGAUGGGCCGAAUCCAGCGUUCCACGAUGCAAUCUCCGACAUCGUCGCCGUUCAGUUGACCUCGCCGGAACACUUGAAAACCCUGAACCUAGUGAAGGUCGAUACAGGUCCAGAAGUGACGCUGAACCAUUUGCUCUGGGUGGCCUUGGAAAAGUUUCCAUUGAUGGCCUAUGCGUAUGUCCUGGAUAAAUGGCGGUGGGACGUCUUCGGGAACAGCAGUUUGGAUCAUUGGAACCAACAUUGGUGGGAUUUGAGAAUAAAGGAAACAGGGGUAUCACCUCCCGUACUGAGAAAUGAGUCCGAUCUUGACCCCGCAGCGAAGUAUCAUGUUGUUUCACACGUACAAUACAUUACAUAUUUAGUGUCUCACGUAUUAGAGUUCCAGAUUCUUUUGUCACUCUGUAAGAAAGCGAAUCACACAGGACCCUUACACGAAUGUUCUAUAUAUGGCGUGAAAGAAGCAGGAAAACUUCUAAGUGAUGGUAUGGCAUUGGGUGCGAGUGAGGACUGGAGGACAGUGCUACAAGCCAUGACUGGAGAAACAGAGCUAUCCACUGAGGGUAUACUCCAGUACUUCGCAGAACUUCAGACAUUCUUAAAAGAAGAAAAUAUCAAACUUGCAGCCCUAACCGAAGGAGAUAUGGACCAAAGUGCCCCAAUCAUUGUUGGUGCUAUAGUAGUGUUAUUGACAAUCUUAAUUAUAGUACUUUAUUGUGUAAAGAAACACGAUUUUGGUAGCAAAGUGUUCUCCGCUUGUGGUCUAAGUAAAAACGGAUCUUUGGACAUAGUGACGAACGAACUCCCACAAGGAAAGACCAAUGAGGUUGAUGGUAUAAGCGAAGAUAAGGUUUGA